GUCGAUAUAUGAUCCGUGGUGGGCAGCGUGUCGUUUCAGAAUAACUUUGAGAAUUCUCCGAAUUUUCGAGGCCACGCAAUUAAACUCCGAUUAGCCCGCGAAUCGAAAGCGUGUUACCCACCUGUGACGCAAGCGCGAUACCUUAGUCAUCGACGCUGGCAGAGUCCGAGGAUUCCUCUCUGUAGGAUAUUCGAAGAGUGCGUGCGAUGACAGUGAAAUACCUUUCGAAGUUUGAUGCUGUUUUCCGAACAUACCUCCUAAAUCAGUACUUCGUCAAGGGUUGGGGAGACCCGGCCACGAUACACAAGAUCUGUCAAUUCCGAAAGGUUGUGGGUAACCGCGAGAAAUGUACACAGCUCGUCGACGACAAUUACCCCAUACAUAUCGCCAAAGAAGAGGACAAGGGCGCCUAUCGGCUGCUGGAAGGCCACUUUACCAGCCCUCUUGUACACUAUUUACCUGAUGUGAUACCGGAAGAGAGCCACAAAGCUUAUUUCGAGAUGCUUAUACCGAACAACUGGAAACACCCGCGUUUGAAACCCGUGUGCCUCCAGUUGGCUGGAACCGGAGAUCAAAAAUUUUGGAGAAGGAGAACACUUGUUGCCAAACCUCUCCUGAAAGAAUUCGGGAUCGGCUCGAUUCUUCUGGAGAAUCCUUACUACGGCUUCCGGAAACCUAAGGAGCAGCUUCGUACUGUCCUGCAUAAUGUCUCGGAUGUUUUUGUGAUGGGCGGUUGCCUCGUUCUGGAGAGUAUAGCCCUCCUGAAAUGGUGUGAACGACAAGGCUAUGGCCCCCUGGCCCUGACCGGUAUCUCAAUGGGUGGACACAUGGCUUCUUUGGCCGGAGGAAGCUUCGAUAAACCUGUGGGCAUCGCUCCCUGUUUGUCGUGGACGACCGCCUCCUGUGCUUUCACCCAGGGCGUCAUGAGUGGCGCCAUUCCUUGGGAGCUCCUCCAGAAUCAGUACAUCGAGGAACCGAUAAUACGAGAAGAGCUCAGCAAAAUGAUCGAGACUCCGAGCUCGGGCAAUGACAAGGUUUUCCUUGCUGGUCAGGCAUUCGCCAGAAAAGUCACUUAUGAAAUGGAAACGAUCAGAAAACAAGAAAUUUCGGACGUCUCCCAACAGCUGUGGGAUGGAUCCCUGAGAAGCACUCUCGCCAGAUUGGUCGAGUCCUUGCCGAUUGAUUUCCUCGCAGAUCAACCUCCUUCAAGGGAGAAAGCCAAGGACGCUCUUAACUUCAUGAGAGGAAUCAUGGAUGAGUGCACGUCGCUCGGAAACUUCGGGACUCCUGUAGAUCCAUCGCUGGCGAUCUGCGUGGCGGCGACGAGAGACGCUUACAUUCCCCGAGACGGAACUCAAGACAUUGAGGAGGUGUGGCCAGGUUGCGAAGUUCGAUACGUGGAAUGCGGUCACGUGACGGCCUUCGUCUUCAAUCAACAUUGCUUCAGGCAAGCCAUCGCGGACUCGCUGGACAGAACCGCCUCGAAAUACUAUGGUGAAGCUCUCUUCCGGAAACUGAGCUCCUGAUUUUUCAAAAUACUCUAAACCUAAUAAUUCUUCGACGCUCAAGAUUUUCUAAAACCGAAACUUGUAAAUGUAUCCGCCUUGUAUGUGAAUUAUUCGCAGAAAGACUUCCGACUGUUCACGGCUGGACGAUGGAUCUAGAACAAAUUGACCUGUUAUCCACGAUUCUUCGUAAAUAACCAUUGCGCUGUGAAUGAAUUCAAUGCGAGAGAAAUAUAUCUAGGUAGUCAGCUACGCACAUUUCGUCUCGACUGGGUAUUGUUAUUUCUUUUUACGUCGAACCGAAUAAAGCGUUUUUGUUUUUCCGACUU